AUGCUAAUGAUUUCAAGGUGUCAUGGAUUCCUAUCACCUUCACCUCUCAAAGAAGCGAGAUCGUUGGCACAAUCAACGAUCGUGUUGAAACAAUCAUUUUCAUCGUUGAACACCGAAACGAUCGGUCCAACUGUUGAAUUCACUGAUCCCGAGACAGGUUGCGAAGUAGUUCUGGUAGGAUGUUUUCAUGGAACGGCUUCUUCAGCAGAGGAUGUAUCACAGGCUGUGACUCCAGAGACAGACAUUGUAAUACUUGAGCUUUGUGCAGCACGAUUCAAAGAUUUGCAGCGGGCCGCCGAACAAGAUGUGAAACUUCAGUCCUCUGGACUCGGAGGAUAUCUGAACCUCGUAUCAAAUGCGAUAAAGACAAAAGGAUUGGCAACAGGUUUGGUUACGGCUGUCUUGGUUGGAUUCAGUGACUUUCAAUCAUCGCUCAGUGGUUUUGAACCAGGCAUUGAGUUUAGGACUGCCCUUGACAAGUCCAUCUUGCAUGAGUGCGAUAUAGUUUUGGCAGAUCAAGUAGUAGACGAGACCCUUCGCCGUAUUGGAAGCCUCCCACAAGUUAGCUGGGAGAUGAACAAUUUGUCGAAGAAUGUGACUAGAGUAGUGGAGAAUUGGACCUUGAAUUCGCAAUCAUUGAAACAGGCUAUCGUUGGCGAUGAAAGCCUCCCUCGAGUAGAACUUGGAAAAUUUCUUUUUCGCAAUUCUGCAGCUGUGAAGGACUUCCUAAGAUUUGCAGCCGCGCCACUCCUCCUGAUGGCUGUAUCGCUAUCGGCGGGAUCCUCGUAUGCUUCGGACGAAAGCAUAAUGUUGAGCGAUCCUUCCAUCGCAGAGCAAAUGUUACAUUAUUCUGCGAGCGCAGCACUAUUCAUGUCGACUUAUCUUGGAUUUUUCCUUCCAGCAGUAAAAGUAAUCCUCUUCGAACGCGAUCAGGUGCUCACCAACGGAAUCAAAGCUUCCUGUAAGCGAGCUGGCAAAGGUGGACGAGUUGUGGCUGUUCUUGGCUUUCUGCAUGUGAACGGGGUAGCGAAGAAGAUGUUACAAGACACGAUAUGA